AUGGCGGCGCCCAGGUGUGGCGUGCCGGCGGGGCUCUGGGGCCGGGGCGCCGGGCGUCGUUUGGGGGCCUCCCUCUGCGCGCUGGCUGCGAGGCCCCUCUGCUCCGCCGCCGCCGCCUCCACGCCCCUGAAUGCCCAGCGAUUGGCCGAGAAACUGCGAGCUCAGAAACGGGGACAAAAGGCCAAGGAGUCGGUGCCCGCAAAUCCCGUGAGUCGGAGAGUGCAAGAGCUCGUGCGGUUCACGCAGCAGCUGCAGCGAGUCCACCCCAACGUGCUGGCCAAGGCGCUGAGCCGCGGGAUUAUCCACCAGGACAAGAACCUUGUGGUCAUCAACAAGCCCUACGGCGUCCCCGUGCAUGGUGGCCCCGGGGUCCGCCUCUGCAUCUCUGAUGUGCUGCCCAUCCUGGCCAAGAUCCUUCGUGGCCACAAGGCAGAACCCCUGCAUCUGUGCCACCGACUGGACAAAGAGACCACCGGUGUCAUGGUGUUGGCGUGGGAAAAGGAAGUGGCGCAUCAGGUCCAAGAGCUGUUCAGAACCCGGCAGGUGACCAAGAAGUACUGGGCCGUCACCGUGCGCAGCCCGCUGCCCCCCGCGGGCGUCGUGGACAUCCCCAUCGUGGAGAAGGAGGUUCAGGGCCAGCAGCAACACCACAAGAUGACGCUGUCCCCCGGCUUCCGCAUGGACGGUGACAAGCUGGUCAGGCGGCGGAGCGGCCCGGGCGCGCACCCGGCCGUCACCCAGUACCGGGUGCUGAGCGGUGGCGUCUCCUCCGCCCUGCUGGAGCUGCAGCCCAUCACAGGAGUCAAACACCAGCUCCGCGUGCACCUGUCCUUUGGACUGGAUUGCCCUAUCCUUGGCGACCACAAGUACUCGGACUGGAACCGGCUGGCGCCCCAGAAGCUGCCGGCUGGCACCCUGAAGAAGCUGGGGCUGCCUCAGGCCAAGGCCCGGCACCUGCCCCUGCACCUGCACGCCCGCCAGCUGCUGCUGCCCGCCCUGGGCGCCCGCACCACCCCGCUCAGCCUGCUCUGCAAGCCCCCGCACUUCUUCGCCCGCUCCCUGCGCCGCCUGGGCCUGGAGACCCCCAGCCAGGAACCGGCGGAGGAUGGGGCGGUGGGCCCGGGAGACGGCCAGUGAGGACUUCUCCACGGGGCUUCUGGCGAGUCCUGGAAGAGCCCCCGAUGGCCUCGCUGUCUCGGCUGCCUGUGCUCCCCCCGGAGACAGAGAACGAAGUGCUAAAUGUGGAACUGCACGUGCAGUGAUCGAGCCCCAGACCCGGGGCAGGCACCAUGGGGGAACGGGGCCGACGCAGAGGGGCGCCCCUCGGA